AUGGCAGUAAGAGAAAGUCUUGACAAAUAUUCUGAUACAAUGCUUCUUGCACGUGAGCAUCCAGAAAUCGCUCCAGAUGAGAUCAUCGCCCAUAAGAGAACGGGGAUGAAGUCACGAUUAAAGUUCUCAGAUAAUUCGCAUAGAGAAAAGGUGUGGUCGCAGGAGAUGUUAUAUCAUUAUGUGAAUAUGAUUAUAGAUCGUUUUGGAGACAACGGUGAUUCCAGCUUGGGACUUUUCCGUAAUCAGAAGAGUUAUGGUCCAAAGGGAGGGUUGGCACGUGUGGUGUUUCAUCCAUUUAAAUGGGGUGGAGAUUGGCAUCUAGCUAUUGGAUUCGCUGAGCAGAGGAAGAUGCUGUUUCUUAACUGUGGUGGUGAAAAUUUCGCUUACAGAAAGGGAGUGGGUUCGUUUUCGAUGAAGGCGGCCUUGGUACUGGAGGAUUUUAUUGUCUACUUUGGAAAGAAGAUCAGUAAGUAUGCUCUAAAGUAUCCGAGGGUAUAUUCACAUAUUUUCGAACCUUCUUCGCCUCUAAAUGCCAUCAAUUUACUAAGUGCGGUAUUUGCAUUCUGUGUUGAUGAGAAGGCUAUUACAAACACGUUCUGUAAUGCCGAUGCUACGCCGAGAAAGUAUGACGUGAGUGAUUUCUAUCCGGUACUUAAGAGUAUGGACAGGUAUGCUUAUACCAGAUCUGUUUUGGGAAACAGGUUUGUGGAUACGAUGAUUCAGAAGACACAUAAUGAGCACGAUGAGGAUGAGGAGGCGGAAUCACUUACAGCUAUGGUGACUUCUGUGACUGUACCAUCCCAUCCUCUUCCUCCUCCUCCUCCCCUCAAAGAUGACCUCGCGUCGUUUUUCUCCGUUCACGCUGCGAAACAGUUUUUACACUACUUGGUCAGUGUGGAUGAUUUUUAUAAGGUUCCGGAAUUCCUCGACGAGUUAGUAGAGAUGCUAGAAAAUUUAAGUCAUGAUAAGCGUACGAAUCCGGAGUUAACUGAGACGGAAGAGCACUAUUGGGAAUGGAAUUUACUAGCAAGAGAGAACUUGUAUGCAGAAUACACCAAGAAAACCAAGAUGGAGUUUAAUGAAAAUGAGUUAGGAGCCACUUUGAAAGCGGCAGACCAUAGAAAUCAGGUUUACCCUCUUAUAUUUGAGAAUGGCAUUGUUUAUUUGGUGAAUAUCAAUACGGACGAAAAUAAAUUCGAUGCUCACGUUAAAGUGGCGGUGAUAUCAAACAGGAAUUCUACCAAUGAGCGUGCAGUGCUUAAGAACUAUGCACUUCGAAGGCUUGUGGAAAUGUACACAUGGCAAUACAGACGACUUAUCAAGGAUGUUAAGGUAUCCUUGCAUGUCCUGAAGGAACACUCGCCAUAUAAUGUGCUUAUAUGCACACUUUACUGUCUCCAUUACUUUGUGUUCCAUCGCAAGUUCGUGUCUAGAGUCAAGCCAAGCCUUGCUACGUUGGAUAACUACGGUAUCUGUCUCCAGCAGUUGAUGCAUGAUAUUGUGGACGGCAACACGCCCCGCCGGAACGCAGAUUAUAAAGCGAUGAUCAAAUAUCUUCGAUAA